UGCGCGUGCGCGUGCGCCCGGCGGGUCCCGGCGGCGAGCACGGACCCUGAGAGUACGGGAGCGCGGGCGCGGCCCCGAGCCAGAGGGAAGACACCCCUUGACAAGUGCCAGCGAUGUUCACACGAUGACCUCGGCUGCUCCACAGGAGAGGGGGCCGCUGGCCUCUAGCAUGGAGGCUGCCCAGAGGUUCUUGGACUCUUUUCUGCGGGAGUUUCCAGGCCCCUUGAGCCCAGAGGCAGCAUUGCCGUGGAAGGUGCUGGGAGCGCCUCUGAGCCAGGAAGAAGUGGAGGGGGAACUGAUCGAGCUGGCCCUGGGCCUCCUCAGCAGCAGGAAUGCGUUGUUGCCGCUGGCGUGCUCCCUGACCCAUGAAGCUGUUACCCAGCUCCUGCAGGCUGACCUGUCCGUCUUUAGGCAGCUGCCCAAGCAGGAGAAAGUGGAUCAAGAGGAGGAAGAAGAGGAAGAAGAUGGGGUCAGUGUCUCCUUGCUGGAUGCAGAGAGCCUGCAGCGAUAUUUCUUCAAUAAGCUUUGGGAAGUUUGCAGCCAGUGGCAGAAGCAGAUGCCAGCCCAUUCCAGAUGUGCUUCUCAUCCCUGGCUGACAUCCAUCCAUGCCAUCCGAAACACCCGCCGCAAGAUGGAGGACCGCCAUGUUUCCCUUCCCGCCUUCAACCAGCUCUUUGGUUUCUGUGACCAGGUGGAUCGAGCCUACUUUGCCGUUUUUGAUGGUCAUGGAGGAGUCGACGCUGCCAGCUAUGCUGCAGUCCACAUGCAUGUCAAUGUUGCCCGGCAUCCAGAGGUGACCAGAGAUCCUGCAGAGGCCCUCCAAGCGGCGUUCAAGCAGACGGAUGAGAUGUUCCUCCGGAAAGCCAGGCGGGAGAAGCUGCACAGCGGCACCACGGGGGUCUGUGCAUUCCUUGUGGGACGCACCAUCCACAUGGCCUGGCUUGGGGACUCUCAGGUCAUGCUGGUGCAGCAGGGGCGAGCCCUGGUACUGAUGGAGCCUCACAAGCCAGAGCGCCAGGAUGAGAAGGAGCGCAUAGAAGCCCUGGGCGGGUUUGUGUCCUUCAUGGACUGCUGGCGAGUCAAUGGGACCCUGGCUGUUUCCAGAGCUAUUGGGGAUGCCUUCCAGAAGCCUUACAUAUCUGGCGAGGCUGACGUGGCCUCCCAUGAUCUCACGGGCACAGAAGACUACCUUCUCCUGGCUUGUGAUGGCUUCUUCGACUCUGUCCCACAUGACGAGGUGGCCGGCCUGGUCCGUGACCUUUUGGUCCAGAGUGAGGGCAGUGCUUUGCGGAUUGCUGAGGAGCUGGUGGCGGCUGCUCGUGAGCGGGGCUCUCGUGACAAUAUCACUGUCCUGGUGGUCUUCCUCAGGGACCCCCAGGAGCUUCUCAAAGACUGGAUUCCUGAGGCAGCAGAUGCCCAGUAGGACCUUAGUGCAGGAGGCUCAGUCUCUGCCUUCUUGGGGCCCCAGAGUGGCAGUGUGGGCAGCAGCCUGGGGCUCUGAGAGGUCCUGUGACCUGGGCACCCCCUCCCCCUGCUCCCCUGCUUCCCCACCCCACUGUAGGACUUAGCCUGGGCUGUUGCUUCCAGUAUUACUAACCCUUUCCCAGGGUCUCAUGUCCAGCUCCCCUCCCCACCGAGCUAUGAAAACUGGAUUCCAUCCUAUGCAGUUAGGUCAAUGGUCCCCUGAAUUCUCAGGACAGAAAUGUCCCAAACAGUUAACAGUUACUACCAAAGAGAGUGUUCUGUAAAGCCUUCUGCCCUCCUGGUGCCGGGGCAGUCCUGGGCAGGCUUUCACAGACCAAACAGACCAAAGACAAGCAGGCUGGCCCACGUGCCAGGCCUUCUCAGCCAGUGGGGCAGAGGAGGAGCAGGAGGAGGAAAAGGAAAGGAGAGCCUCCCACCUGCCCUCCCAGCCCCCUCAGCGACCCCCCCCCAGGGUCCGCCAGCCGCCUGGGUGGGCUGGUCCCUCUCCAGUCUCCUCCCUGACCAGCCCCAAGUGGGUGGGGAGAGGGCACAGCAGGCUUCUUUGCGUGCCAGGCCAAGCCAGGUGUCAUAUACAGAGCUCAGUGCCAGCCACCUGGGCAGGCUGGUCCCUCGCUGGUCUCCUCUGUUACCAGCCCCUCGUGCCAGGCUGAGCCAGUUGUCCUGGCCCUUUCACAGAGGUCAGUACCUUGUGAGCUUGACUUUGGGCUGAGCACGUUAGGGCAGACCCUUCCUAUACAGUGUUACUUUGCAAUGGUUUUAUUUUCAAGAAGAUGUAAAAGAAAAGCCCUUCUAGGUGGCUUUGCCAUCCCGCCAAGUGCCUUCAGCAGUCUCAGACAGGAAGUUGCCAGGUGCACAGUUUGCAGUUUCAGGCAGGGCACGGUGUUCCCCACCACAGGGAAAGGGACAGGAAUCCAGCCUUACUGAAGAUUUCAGUUUGUAAAAUGGCCCCAGGGGAGACCAGGGAUUUUCCUGGAGUGGGAGAACACACCAAAAGCCUGGGGUGGGCCUGACCCGUGACCUGUCCUAAGAAACAGGAUCAUGGGGGCUUUUUAGGAAUGACCUGAGGAGUCUGGCCAUACCUACCUGGCUUAGCCCGGAAAUCUUGGACAACUCACUCCCUUUCACUACUUUCCUUUCCUGGAAAUGGUUGGGUUGGUAGGGGAUCCCAGAAUUGUAAAGGACUCAGAAGUCAUGUGGUCCAGCCUUUACCAGAACAGGAAUCUUGUCCGGCAUCCCUGAGCAGUGGCCAUCCCACCUCCAGGGAUGGAGGCUCAUGGGCUCUUCCUCCUCCUAAGGCUCUGAUUUACUCAGAGGCUUCAGAUGCUUGAGUUCCCUGUGGGCCCCUCCUCUUCCCCAGCCUGGGCCUGUUUCUUCCUCUGCCUGAUGAUGCAGAUGAUUCUGUGACCUCUGAGGUUCUUUCCAGCUCCAGACCAAGGAUCCAAGGCUGUGUGGCUCCACAUUGGGUGAAUGGGGCUGCCCCGGGUUUGAGUCAGUGUCUUCUCUUGGAAAAACCACUGGUUUCUGCUGAUGGCUCCUGUUUGCUCAGGGCCUGCCAGUGGCAGUUCCCAGGUUCAUUUUGACCCAGUGAGUCAAACCAAGCUCAAGUUCAUUGUGGUGACUGAAACCUGGGGGAGAGGGCCCGGCCAGGCCAUACAGAUGCCUCCCAGGUCUGCUGCUGAGCCCUUAUGGUCCCCAGCACAGUCUGGAUGCCCAUGUCUGCAGGGCCUUAGAAGAGAGGCCUGGGAGGGACUUCAAGAAUCUACACUGGAAGGCCCAAUGGAUGAUCCCUUCCAACACCUCUAACAAUGAGGAGCUCACCCCCUCCAUGCCAUAUUCCAGGGGCAUGUCUCAUAAAGAUAAGCAUCAGCUGCGGGGAAGCUCCAGGGGAAUCAGGAAGAGCUGUCUGAGCUUGGCCAGUGGUGCCCACUCCUCUGCGUAAGGACAGGCUCUAGCUCCAGGCAGAUCUCACCCGUCCUUGGUUCUGAAGCCUCUCGAUGGGCACACUUGAAACCAUGUCCUCCCCUCCUCUGUUGGUCACUUGGCGCCUUGGACCCCAGAGCAACUCGGGAGCAGCUGGUAGAAUGACCUCAGGAGGAAGAAGGCCCUAGAGCGCUUGGCCAGUGUGGACUGAUUCAUUCUUUGCUGCUUCCAUUUCCCUCCUUCUGCUCACAUGGGCUUCACGGGGAAUGGCUGAUUCACAGAUGCUUUAUCCCACAUGGACUAUGUCUGUUCCCUUCCUUGCCCAUCUUGGGGCCCAAGGGAGCAGCAGCACACCGCCACCCCCGCCAGGUCCACCUUGGAAGCCAGGCUGCUGUGGCAGAGGGAAGGAGAGGACAGAGUCCCAGGAUCCUCAGUCUGCACUCCCUCCCCCUCGCCCCCACCACUUCACUAUGGAAAACCUUCCUGGAGGAGGCUGGCUUCUAGGGGCACCCCUCAAGUGUACCCUGUUAGCGCUGGUUUAAUGCAUUAGCCACUUACUGUUUAGUAUGCCAGUGUAGACCACACUUGCCUGGCCCCCUGACCGGCAGCUUGUGACUGGGGCUGUUCUUAGCCUUCCCAGAUCAGCAUUUGCCAGAGCUGUGCCCUUGAGAAUCCAGGCUCCACCUCCAUCCUAGAGUAAGGCAGCUCUUUUCUGGCUCACAUAGACUUUGGUGGGCUAGCCUGGGAACACAACCACAGUGUCCUGACUGGGUGCCUUUCCAGGCUGGGGCCAGCCAGGUCUGCCCUGCCUAGCAUCGUAGCUGCUGCCUCUUGAUCAGCAACAGGGAAAGCAGAGGCUUUCUUGGGUUUAGCUGGCCUUAAUGGCAUCUCCUGUCUGUUGGUUGCUUGGUGCACCUUCCAUUCAGAGUACAGGGCCCUGGGGAGUACCAGGGCCAUGUAGGACUGAGCCUGAGGGUCUUCAUGCCACCUGGGGAUUGGCGCUCCCAGCCAAAUGCCAAGCAGUUGGUUGGGACUGCUCUGCAUAGUGUCCCUGUCUCCAGCAGAGAAGGAUGAUUAAGUAUUAUUAGUGUCUAUUUUUAAAAUUAAGUGGGUUGGGAGACUAAGCUGCAAAUGUCAGCUCCUUCUACAGAGAUCCAAAUGCUAGGAGCCAGGUGCCCCCCUCCCCCAACACUUGUGUUUUUUAAGGUACAGCUAAUUCUGAUGCCUUUUCUUCAGGCUGGGAGAGUGGGAGGAGAGGGAGACAGGAGGUGAGGACAGGUGCUGGCCCAAGGGUUCUACUGCCCACGGCGAGUCCCCUUCCCUUCUCCUGCCCCCAGCGUCGAUGGUGGAGGACAGAAGACCAGGGGGCCUAACUCAGGAAGGGACUGGUACUGUCUCAGGCCCAGUGCCCAGCAUCCCAGACACCUCAACGUCCCACAGUGCCUUUGGUGACCCCUGGGGCAGGCCCCCUCCCCUCUUGGAGCAUCGGCUUCCUCAUCUGUAGUAUGAGAGUUAGCUGAGGUGGGCGAGAAGUCCUUCUAGGUGAACAUCAACCCCUCAAGCCCUCCCCCUUCUGUGGCUGCCCUAAAGGCUGCUCCAUUUCCUGGGAGUUCUGCUCCCUGCUGCCUCCAGGCUCAGCUGGACUCUGGAUCAGGGCUGCCAACCUUCCCCCCAAGGGCUUCCAUGGCCCGGGUUAUAGGGUGAGUGGAAAGUGUCCUGGGUGAGUCAAGGCUGGCUCGGGCCAAGAAAGAGCAAAGAGGAAAGUAUGUGUGUGUGCACGUGUGCGUGCGCGUGCAUGUGCGCUUCAUAUGAAGGCAAACCAAAGGCUGUGUUGGCCCCUGAGGAGUAUGAGCCUUGGGAUGGGGAGAGAAUAGCCCAUCCCUGGCCACAGGGUCUGCCAACAAUACAGAUGAGCUCAGAGCUGGCAGCGUUGAAUGCAAGUGCUUUUUGGCCCAGGGCUAAGUAUUCCUCAGCCUCACUUGGCAUUCCAAUGAUUGAGAGGAGCUGUACACAAACAUGUUUCCCACCUCAGUGCCCAGGCACAACUGCAGCCACAGGAGGCCCUAGGGAUGCAUGGCCAGAAGCAUCAUGUCACAGUCAGACUACACUGGAAGUAUCAUGUACUCUUCCAGCAUCAUGUUUAGGAAGGAUGGAUGCAAGCUGGAGGCUGUCCAGAGGAGGGGAGCCAGGAUGGAGAGUGGCUUGAAGACCAAGCUAUACAAGAGUCAAGGAUCUUGAGACCUGAGGAGUGGGGUGUGAUAAAGGGCUGCCAUGUGAGAAGCAUUGACUGGGCAGAACUAGGAACAGUGUGGGUGUGACAGAAGAGACAGCUCUGCUCGAUGUGAGGAGAAAAUGCCUAAUGAUUAAGAGUUGUCCAGAAGUGGGCUGGUUGGUUCUGGCAGCAGGUGGUACCCCACUGAUGGGGGCCUUUGCUUGGAGGCUGGACAGAGUGACCUGAUGGAGGUUGGGCAGAGUGCCUUCCCACGCAAGGUCAGGCUAAAUGGCUGGGGUCACCCUGCCCCCCCCCCCCAACAUAUACAUUGAGUCAGUAUUCAAAGGGGCCCUAGCCAGGUGGCACAGUGCUGAGAGAAUCUGAUUUUCCGUUAGUCCCUCCCCCAGGAGGAGCAGGCCUUGGAGGCCUCCUUCCAUUCCUAUUAGAAGCCUUUCCCAGUGAUGAUGCGGCGGCCACAGGCCUGGGCUGGAGAGGCCCAGGGGCUUUCUCUUGGGCAGCCCCUCCCUCAGACCCCACCCCCUGCCCCAAUUUCCGUGGGAGGGGGUGGUCUUGUCGGCCUCAGGCCUUCCCCAGCUCGGACGUGCCUUGGCUCUGAAGUAAGGCAGUAUUCUUUGCCAAUGAGUCCCCCUUUCUCCCUUGGCCAGUGGGGGCUGCUUGUUGCUACUGCGUUUAUCGGCUGAUGCCUCUGCAUACAUUCGCAUAUAUCCUGGUGAAGAGCGUGGGGUUGUUCACUAUGGUGACGCUCUCGUUUCUGUGAUGCUGCUCUGUUCAGAAGGAGCUUUUCUUCUUGAGGCCCUGAGUGGGAGGGUUACUCUCCCCUUUUCCAGAGAAGAGAUCUCAGAGCAGGGCUCCCAUUGCAGCUUCAGAGGCAGCUGAGACCACACACACACACACACACACACACACACACACACUCACACUCUCUCUCUCUCUCUCUCUCUCUCUCUCUCUCUCUCUCUCUCUCUCUCUCUCUCUCUCUCUCUCUCUCUCUCUCUCUCUCUCUCCAGUGUGUGUCUCAUUGGGAUUGCAGUUGUCAAAACCAAAGGAAAAGGGGAAGCGUCUCUACUAUUUGGAUUCAGUUGGCACAAAGUAUUAAUAAACAGGAGCAUCAGUA